AUGCCCAGCGCUAAGAAUUCCGGUGAAGAAGCGUUGGACCUCGGAGAUGAUUUUGUGGAGAGCAUCGGAAGCGACGAAGCUGCCAUUGCCAGCGCCAUUAUCAUUCCCGACGGAGGUGACACUGGAGACGAUGAAGAACAAGACUCUGACUCCUCCCUCGACACUGAGGAGGACGCUCUGUCUAUGAAUACCAGUACUUUUGCUGAAGUAUCGGUAUACGUACUCCAGAAGGGCCAACACACUGGUGCCGCUGUCAACUUACGGACUAGAGGUAAAUCACCUGUGAUCAAACCGGAAAUCGACGCACUACUGAAACUUGGGAUGUCUGCUGGUCGUGUUCGCAACAUGAUGAUGUUUAAGUACCUUCGUGACCCAAGUAUGCUGUAUGCUGGCAUUGAUACCCGAGACCAAAAAAUGAAGAACCGUAAAGCUCAUCUCAAAAAGAAAGCUGGAGAGGGCUGGGAAAUUACCAGGUUUGGUAGUGACAUCAAGGGCACUUCUCCAAAAUGUUCGUCGGGCCGUUCGAGACCAAGAGUCCUUCUGUAUGAUUCUACUAAUCUUGCAUUCGAUCAACACCGUCACUUUGCAGAAGGGUCACUUAACGGCGCAGCCGUCAUACAAGCGAAAGACAAGUUGCUCCACCCCAGUAAUCAUCGCAUUGCCAAGGCGAAAACAAUUGGUCGCUCAAGAAUCCUUUUCAACAGCGAGAGGACAAUGGUGAUGCAGGUUGCUGCAAGCAACUUAGCCGCUGCUAAGGUGACGACCGAGCGUACAAAACUUUUCAAGCAGUCUUUGACGGGGAAUCUAGGCGAAGAGGAAUCAAUUGAAACGGCGGAGGUGCAAUUUCUCUCCUUGCAGCAAGUCAUUGUGGAUGAUCGUCUAAUUGAGGACAUGACCCCCCUGACACUACGUGCUAAGUGGCACUACGACGAUAUUCAAGCUGUUCGUAGUGCUCUCCGCAGCACCUGUAAAAACUACAUGCACACGGGGUGGAUAUGUGCAUACGUGGUUGCGUCUCUGGACUUGCUAGGGAAGAUCAAGAUUGGGCUAGCCAUGGCGGCAAUUCCGAUGCGUGGGCUUCCUGGACGCCCGCGCGCGAUUGUCGGAGCGCUACAGCGCGAAUCGGAUAUGUAUGACGUCGAUCGACUGAUUGAGCUGUUUAAAAAGAAUCCUGGUAGGCCCCUUAAAUGGCCUGUAGUCCAAGAGUUCGGCGUUAAAGACAAAGGAAAGACCUACAAAGAGCAUCGUAGCAGGGUGCCGUCUAUCUGA